GUACAGAGUGUUUAUGGAGUCCAGUUUGCUGUUUGCGUGAUACAACACAGAGACGUUCUGCCGGGUGCCGAUUCCAUUUUGGCUUAUUUUUGGAGACAGUAAGACAGGGUUUGGUAACUUGUUGAAGGGUGUCUGCUCACAGCUGCUGUAAUGAGUUUCUUCCUUGUGCCGCUGCGUUUCCACUCUGUCCAAUUGGAAGCCUUAUAAGGAGAGCCGUGAUCACUGUUGAUGAGUAAGGACGGCAGAGUUUGAACUUUCCUUAUUCUUCCGACCAGGGGUUUUUCCUUCACUCAGUCCUGACAUCUACCUCAGCAGAUAGAUUUUUCUGUGCACCUUCUAUACUCUGUGAUUUUUUUUUCUCAUGAUGAUUCAUUUAUUAGUUUUGUAUCUGACGUCUAAGGCACCAUUUUUUCUCAGACUUUUUCUGAAGAGAAGGCUGAUUCCUGCUUUAUCCUGCUGAAGUUUUCAAAGACAUUUUAUGUUUAGUUUCUUUUAAUAAGGUUUAGAGGUUUUCUCAGAAACACCUGCACAAUAAUAUUGCACUUUGUCUUCCGCUGUUUAUCAUUGCUUUCUUUUUGGGAACAAACUGAGAGCACACAAAAAAAAACCUUCUUAAUCUUUUUCCACGUCUGUAAUUUUUCUCCUGUGGAUAUUUAAUCGAGGCACAGCAAGUUUGGCCUCCAAACUGAACCCAGCUGGCUGCCUUGGCCAUUUUCUGUUUAGUUGAAAAUGUGGUCUACGUUUUUUGUGGCUGAUGAAGAGGGCCGUACGAUGGGCCCGGGGACGGCAGGGACGGCUGGAGGCGGUGCAGCAGGAGGACCAGCUCAGGGUGCUGGAGGUCUGGCCGGCCUGAUGAGUGGACGCAGCACGUUCGGUGGAAACAAACGGCGCCGGACGACGUCGACGGGACACGCCAUGAGCGAGGCCCAGGAGGGAAAGAUCAAACUGGCGUUCUUCGUGGCCAUCGUGGGUGUGGUCCUGACGGUCCUCGGGGUCGGUACAGAGUUCUGGGUGGAGCUGGCACCGCCGAAGAGUUUCUACAACAACCAGACAUGUCUGACAGCUCACUAUGGCCUAUGGAAGGGCUGCACCAAGACCCUGUGGGUGGCUGAUAUCGACCCAGAGAGGGAGAGCUGUGGACCUGCUGAACUGCCUGGAGAAUCAAACUGCACCUACUUCAAGUUUUUCACCACCGGGGAAAACGCUGUGAUGUUUCAGAAGACAACACAGAAGAACCUGAACGUGGCAGCAGCCAUGUUGGCCAUGUUCAGCCUGUUCCUGAUGGUGAUGGGAGCCAUCUGCAUCACCAUGUCCCUCAGUAAAGAGAUCCUGUUCUUCCUCAAGCCAGCAUCCGUCUGCUUCAUCCUGUCAGGUGUCCUGGUGCUCCUGUCCCUCAUGGUCUUCCACCAGUCCGUCCUGGCAUUCCUGGCCAGCGACCACAUGGUUCCCCUCCACCACGAGCUCUCCUGGUCGGUGUCGUGCAUCGGCUGUGCGGGGGCCGUCCUCAUCGUGGGUGGGGUCCUCUUCCUGCUGCUGGCGCUGCCCUACAGCCCCUGGCAGAAGUGCCUCCCUCACAAGGACAGCGGCAGCUAGUGGCCAGGAGGCGACGGUGCACUUGAUCCGCCCCGCCCUGGAGGAGGAAGGGAGGGUGCAGAGAGGUGAGGAUGUUUCCCAGAGAUGUCUUAGUGGAGAGAUUGCUUUUUGAAAUGUCGACCUAAAGGAAUUACAAGCCUGCUAAUGGGAGAGUCGCUGGCACUUCCUGUGCUUUAAUUACUGCACUGAGCAAAGACACAACACAUACCCGUCUCUUUCCAAUGCAGUAUUGUUAUUUAGGAUAAAAUACCUUCUGGAUUCUGGAUGUCUCAGUGUUUGAUCAGUACAUUUUAAUUAAAGUCUCAUAUUUCUAAUAAUGUUGAAGUCUAUUUAUAUAACCGCAUAUGGAAACAGCUCCAAAUACAAAUAAAAUGCACUUUCCUAUAAGGUGGCGAUCUUAAUGCUCAGAUGUGUGUGGGGAACACUUCUGUAUUGUCUUACUAAUUAACCAGCAGGGUUUGGAGGCAAUUUACUGGAAUUUAAUUGAAUAAAUUAACAAUCCUUGAUAAGAAAAUGUAUCAUUCAGUGAAGUCCUUUGCAUAAAAACAGUUUUCUUCUAAAUACUACCUAUUUCAGUCCCAUAUAAACUCAUUGUUAAGCAAUACUGAACAGAAACACUAGAUUAAAUGGUGUAGCAGCUUAAACAUCACAAAGUGAUUUAAGUCUCUGGUUUGAAUGUCAGUUUAAUGAAACAUCUAUCUACCCUCAUUUAUCACCAGUAACUAAUUUAUGUUGGUUUUCAUGGAAUGUCUGUGAGCUGAAUGUGCAGACAGGAGGGUCACUCCAUAUAAAAUCUACCAAAUCUGAAAAAGUUCCCACCUGACCAGAUAUUUAAUGAAAUUACAUAAAAGUUUCCAGUCAUACUAUGAAUAUUUUCCAAAUUAGAGGCCCCUGAAGUAAAUAGAUUCAAAUAGAAAUGUCAUGCUUUUAAACUGGUGUUAUUUUUUCCAUCUUGAAAACAGCAUUUUGAGGACUCUUAACUUCAUAAGUACAGGAGAUAGACACAUGGAGAGACAUUAGAGUUCUGUUAAAAACUGCUACCAAGCUAAUAUUACAUCCACUCCAGGUGCCACAAUCUAUUGACAAAAAUCACGUUUUUCUUCUAUAACCAACUUUGACCAUCAGCAUCAUGGAUUAUAUCAUCAUUGCAGAGAAGACUUUAGGAAAGUGCAUUGUGGGUAAAAUUUCAAUGGUCAUAUUUCCGCUGAAUUACCAGAAAACAGAUAACAAUUCUAGUGUAACAAUACUUGUUUCUACUACUCUAUGUAUGAUGAUAUUGUAACUAUGCUAAAUACUAAGUUAUGAGAACUCAAAAAUGCUGGAAAAAUAACAUAAAAUUAAAAAGUGUAAAAUAUCAACCCACCACUAUUCUGUAAUUAUGAAAAUAUUCAUAGUAUGAAGGUAAAAUUUUUCAUGGCUUGAUUAAACAUACAAACAUUAUUGUAAAUUUUUUAAAAAUCAGUUGAUUCUGAGGCCAUCAGGUGGAAGCUACUGAUUGAUUUUAGGUCGGGAGUUUAAUGAAUCCCCAAGUCAAGAUUUUUCAAAUUGUAUAUUAAUUGUGUCUGUUUAUAUUCUAGGAAAGUUCAUGUUCAUAAAUGGGCUAAGUUGCAAUUUUACUGUCCUGAGCAUACAACAGGUAAAUGUUAACUUCACUGCUGACAUCUUCCCCAUUUUGUUCUGUAGCAGCCUCCUCUCUGCUCAGGUAACAACAGUCCAAAGCACAAACUUCCUUCUUGAACACAACAGUAUAUUGACCUCCAGUCUGAGCCUCAUAUAAGAAACUAGUUUAUUCUCAGUGAUGUGUAAAACAACAGCAUAAAAAGCUUUUUUUUGUUUGUUUGUCCUCCAAAUGCCUUCCCUUGUGCAGAGCCGCCUUUUUGAUUGUCUAUGCUUUAUUUUUUGUUGAUCUGUGUAUAUUAAGAGUGUAUAUUAAGACAUUAAUUAGAACUGCAUCACCUGUAUAGCCACAUGCUGAUAAUGCAACAGAACACGACUCGUCUUCAUCCCAUGCAUUGUUUAGUGGCUGCAUACCUGGUAAGAAGGGUAUAUUUUCAAUGAAUGUAGAUGUUAUGCAAGCAGAAAAACAUGAUAAAGAUAUAAAGAUUUAUAGUGGAGUAGAAGCUACACGGUGUUAAAUCAGCUAGAAGUGUGAGCCGCUGCCAUGUUUUUACCUCCAGUGUUUUUUGCGGAUGAUUUAUGUUAGAACAAAGUGCCUGCUGUGCCUGAAUGGAAGGUGAACCAUCUCUGCAACUUUUUUGAACUGAAUCGAUUGAGUAUGAAUGAGUUCAUUUUAUUAUUAAACAUGACAUGAAUAUUUAAUGUCA